GAAAAGAAUCUUCUGGACAAUGAUCCUACUUGCACUUGGCCUCUUAGGCCUACUCCUGUAUGGGCUCCCUAUAGUCAGGUAUCUGGAAGUUCUCAUCCCCAUGGGCAUCUGCCCUGAGACCACAAUGUCCCUGCUGAAAGACAACUUCACAGGGGUCCUACGUCCCUGGGCCCGGCCUGAAGUCCUGACGUGCACCUCCUGGGGGGCUCCCAUUAUUUGGGAUGGCAUCUUUGACCCACAUGUGGCCCGGCAAAAGGCUGAACAGCAGAACCUCACCAUUGGGCUGACUGUCUUUGCUGUAGGCAGGUACCUGGAGAAGUACCUGGCGCGCUUCCUGGAGACAGCCGAGCAACACUUCAUGGUGGGCCAGCGCGUGGUGUACUACGUGUUCACCGAGCGGCCGGAUGCCGUCCCCGGCAUAGCGCUGGGCCCGGGCCGCCGGCUGCGCGUGGAGCGCGUGGAGCGCGAGCGGCGCUGGCAGGACGUGUCGAUGGCGCGCAUGCGCACGCUGCACGCGGCGCUGGGCGGGCGGCUGGGCCGCGAGGCGAGCUUCGUGUUCUGCAUGGACGUGGACCAGUACUUCCGCGGCACCUUCGGGCCCGAGGCGCUGGCCGAGUCGGUGGCGCAGCUGCACGCCUGGCACUACCGCUGGCCACUCCGGCUGCUGCCCUUUGAGCGCGACGAGCGCUCCGCUGCCGCUCUGGCGCCGGACGAGGGCGACUUCUACUACCACGCGGCCGUGUUCGGGGGCAGCGUGGCGGCGCUGCAGAGGCUGACGGCUCACUGCGCGCGGGGCCUAGAGCAGGACCGCGCGCGCGGCCUGGAGGCGCGCUGGCACGACGAGAGCCACCUGAACAAGUUCUUCUGGCUGCACAAGCCCGCCAAGGUGCUGUCGCCCGAGUACUGCUGGUGUCCGGAAAUCGGCCCGCGAGCCGAGAUCCACCGCCCACGCCUGCUCUGGGCACCCAAGGAGUACCACCUGCUGCGGGACUAGGCCGGGGAGCUGGGCCUCAGCCGACGCCUGGCCCUUCCCUUCUCUCUGGGGCCCCACUGCACCUGCUUGGGCACCGUGGGCACCGCUAGCGCGUGGAAGAGAUCCUGAACCCACCCGGGUCCCUUCUCGAAGGGGCACUUAGAAGGGGAGAGAGAUACUGGGUGGAAAAAA